AUGCUAGAUCGUUUUGCCUCGGUUGCUCAGUUUCUCCGCCAAGGCGGCCUCAAGAACAGCCGAACUAGGGUGAAACCGUGGCUCUUCUGUUCAGAUCAAUUUGCCGUGAAAAAGAACUGGGCAGAUAUUGCCAAAGACGUCAAUGGGGAAUCUGCAGUGAAGACAUAUGACGAAGACGGAGACCCCGACGAAUAUUAUACCAUCCAGGAUUUAUACGGCGACCUGAAAUAUAAAAAGCGGGAACCCUUCUGGGUUGAAAAGCUCAGGGGAUAUGACUUUGACAACGACGGGCAGAAUAGGCUUUGUGGCCGACCCUCACGGUAUGCUGCUACUCUGCCAGCAUCCCAGGGCAUCCAUCGCAACGAUAACACCGGAGACUUUGAUCCCCACACUUUUCUGUGCCCCAGGGCUUUCCAACCGGGUGGUAAAUUCUUCGCUCACUCCAAACCAGCUCUCGGGGCCAUCCUGGAGAGUUCUGUGUAUCCAUCCGCAACAAAUGAGGAUCAUGGGCUGGACUACUACGGCACUCUGGGCUGCACGCUGUACCAUGAGCUCUUCCAUCUAACCGACUAUAGAGGAACCUCGGGUGACUUCUUUGGUAUGAAAUCUGUUUUCUUUCAUUGA